CUGCAAAAAUAAAUUCUGAUUACACUGGCUAUAAAGUAAUUUUUUUCGAGAGCCUACCUGACACAUUCGUCGUGUCGCAUACAGACACGACGUUUUUCCAGUUACUAAUAAUUUUAUCGAAUUUUCGAGUUCACGAAUAUUAAUGUAUGUAUGUGUGUGUGUGGUGAGAGCAAAAUAUCAUACUUUCUAAAUAUGAUACUCUGUAUCAUGGCAAGAUUAAAAAAUCUCCAUCUGCAGAGGUUAUGUUUCACAUUUACGCUUAUUUCCCGCCACACGAUUCCGCGCGCAUUUAAUCGCGUUGUGCGCAGAAUCAGUGCUGUUUGAAGGAAAACGCAACACCACUCGAAACUAAUGGAGGGGAGGAUACACACCAACGGAAAAGUCGCGUCUGUGAGCUACAGUUGAACAGCGAAGGCAUACGUACCAACACGUACGCAGUUUUCUUGUGUAUCGCGUCCCGUCCACUUGUUUUCAGGUGGAACCGCAUCUUCAUUCUGGCACCACUGGUUAUAACCUCUCACGACUUUGACGCAAUAAUACAACUUUGUAUAUUGCGUUAAUUAUUGGACUUGAUUGCUACUGAUUUUCACGCAUUUCUCUUGAGUUUCUCUGAUGUUUUUUAUUUCGAAUUAAUAUUGAACUUCUACAUCUUUUUGUUCCUGAGAUAUAAAGAUGUAUGAUGCCUGAUUGUGUCUUGAUAUCUAUUGAUAAUAUGUAAUAUCUAUUGAUAUUAUAUAUAUGUAUAUACUAAUUAACAACAUAUGAUAUAUAUAACUAUACAUGCAUUUACAAGUAUCUCACAAAUUUAUUUGAUUGUGACUAAGUAUACUACAUUGGUAGAAAGAUACAAUGAUACAAACUCGAAUAGAUGAAUUCUAUAAAGUUACAUGCAGCAGUAGACAAUCUAAAAAUCUAAAAAAUAAUGUAGAAGAUUUGUCUACCUUGAAAAGUUUUGUAAUUGAUAAAAUAAAGAAAGAUAUAUUAUCACAAGAAUCAGGAACUGUUCAUAAAAACAAAAGGAUAAGAGCAUCUAGGACAAAAAGGAAACACAUAUUGCAAAAAAUGAACGUUAAAGAAACACAUAUUGAAAAAAUGAAUAUUCCAACAAAUAUUGGCAUAGAAACUAAAACAACGAUAUCACCAGUCGUAAAUCUGACUGUACACACUAAAAGUCCUAUGAAGAGUCCUGGAUUGUCAUCAAAAUUUAAUCCAAAAACAUCUUCUCCAAUAAAGCAAUUAUUGGACAUAAAAUCUCCAAGAAGCUUAAAUAUGGUGCGAAGAAACUUAUUUAGUGAUAAAAUGGAAGAACUCAUGUCUAUAGCAAUAGAUAACUUCAAUCUGGCCAAAGAAGGAGCUAUUGCUGACAAUAAUAUCGACAUAGAGAAGAUUUACUCAAGCAAAAAGUACAACUACGAAUAUAAUAAGAUAGACACGACAACCUCAAUGAGAUAUGAGUUCAACGAUAUAAUAAUACCAAAUGAAACUUACUCACGACAUUUCUUUUUAAUUGUCGCGAGUGUAUUUUCUAAACCGUUCAAUUGCGGAUACUUCGACAAAGACGAAUUGGACUUGAUAUUCUCCUUACUGACAAUUUCAAGAAAAGCACAAGAAUUAUUAAUACGCAUGUUGAAAAGAAAACACACAUGGCACAGAGUGGACAAUAUCAAAUACGAAAACAUAGCUGCGAAUUUAAAGCCCGUAUUCGACGAACUUGUGUCGCAAGGUAUUUUUAAAAGUAACACGAAAGAAGAAGAUGUGGCUGUUCUGCUGAAAUUGCUGCAAGUCGAUGAAAUUCGUAAGCUUUGUCACGAAUAUAAGAUCAAAGCCAGCGGCAAAAAGGAGAAGUACAUAGAGUCGUUGAUGAAGCUCCAUGCCAAAGCAAAACCAUUGUUUCCCGGAAUGCCAAGUCCAGCCAUCAAGUUGCGUGCUUCAAUCAACAGAGCUUUAGGCUACUGCAUAUUAAUAAACACCAGAGUGAGCGAGGUGGUUAAUAGAAUAAUUAGUUUAUUCAUCCCUAAUCAAGAUCCUCAGCAGACUAUGGCGGAUUUAUUCCAAAUAUUAUUAAAAGUUGAAAUGAAAGAGAUAAAGUUCCCAGAAGUAACCAUUUGUGACUUUCCUAUUUUCGCCAAUAAGAAGCACCUGUUGAAUUAUAUAGAGGCUAAAGGCGCACUAUGUAAUGUGUUGAAUGCGAUUGAAAAGAAACAAUGGGAGCUCGUACGGCAAAUUGGAUCGCAAGCUGUGGAACGUCUACCGCUUCUCUUACAAGCAGAAAAACAAAGUUUGGAGGACUGCACAUUGCCUGAUCACAUCAGACACUUUAUGCCGGGAUACAUGUGGCUCAAAGUUCUCGAUAAAAGUGUAGAUGCGUUUAAAAAAACCAAAGAAACCUUGCCGCAAGCUAUAGAAUCUUUACGCAUAUUAGUAAAACAAAAGUGCCAUAUGAAACAUAAGAAAGGACGGUGGUACAUGGAAUUGAUCAAAAUAGAAGUUUAUCAUAUGAAAAAUCCCAACACUAGCGUCAGACUUCUCUUAAAGGCAGUCAGACAGAAUAGUUUAACGGAAGUCGACAGAUUGAAUCUGUUGGAGAAAGCGGAGAACCUCGCGAAAAGAAAAUCCAAUAUUAGCCAGCAUGCGAAAGACACUGUUAAACAAAUAAUAGAGGAAAAGCUUAGUGAAACACGAUUAAAAUCUCAACCAAAUUCUGUUACAAUAGAAGGAGAAUUGUGCGGAAAUGUCUUGCAGAGAAAGAGUAACUGGUGUAUCAGUAAUGGAACAGACAAAAUAUAUGGUACGGUUGAAGAUCUAGCGCUGUACUAUUACAAGAACAGGGGAUACAUCAAGGGUGUACAUUGCGAGGGUGCUCUUCCAAUUACCCUAUUUGGCACCUUAUUCUGGGACGAAAUUUAUAACGUGGAAAUUCCUGGCGCUUACGUGUCGUCAUAUGAACCCACACCGUUGGAUUUAUUUUCAUCGGAAUUUUAUGAGAAUAGAAAAGAGCAGAUCGACAUGAAGCUCCAAAUUAUUCGGAAAUUUGACGUGGAUAGUUUUAGCGCCUAUUUGAAGCAUCAGUUUGAUUUGCAUUGUGAAUAUAUGUCUAUCUGUCAGGGUAGUAUUUUUGACAAUAGCAGCAACAUCCAGGAAGUGGCGCUCUGUUUAGGAGUGGAGGGUGUUGUUGGAAUCUGCGAACGACUCAUUCAAAACUACACACUCUGGAGAGCUGGCUUUCCAGAUUUAAUCGUAUGGAAUCCGCACAAUAAACAGUAUAAAAUUGUAGAAGUGAAAGGUCCUGGUGAUUCACUCUCCACUAAACAAAAGUUAUGGUUGCAAUAUUUGAAUCGACUCGGACUGAAUACGGAAGUGUGCUACUGUGAAUCCAACUCCAAAGGACGCAAAAGAAAGCAUGAAACGUAAUAUUUAAUAGAAAGACAUAUUCUAACGCCCGUGUAUAUAAAUAUAAUAAUAUAAAAAUAAUCUUUCUCUCUCAUAUAGAUUAUGUGAUAUUUUGUACUUAUAUUUAUAAAUUUUUAUAUUCUUAAUAUCAAAGUUUUGAAAGUUUUAACAUGUAUAUGUGUGAUUUCGAUGAAUGCUUGAUUCGAAUGAUUCGUGCCAAGAACGAAAAAGAGUCAAUUUGAAGAACACUUACUGAACUUGCUUCGUGGCCGGUGUUUCUUCUAUAUUGAACUCUGCGACUGGUACGUUACGUUGUGCCACUUGCGGCGCGAACAUUGCGGCCGGGUAAACUAUUGCCGAGGUUCCAAUUACCAGGCAAGCAUCACAAGUCUCAACAAGGUCAACUAUGACAUUCCAAGAGAAAUCAUCAAUUAGAAUGAGUAUAUUUGUUUUUUGCGUGCUAUUCGUUUUAUCUGUAUUAAAUUUUUUUGUUUUAUAUAUAAUCAAAAAGUGAGAAUGAGUAAAUUAUUUAUUUAA